AUGGACGCGGUGUCGAAUCCAUUGCCAGCUGACCAAGCUGUACGUCAAUCCGCGAAAAGGACUGUUGAGCUUUUUGGGUCCGAUUAUUUGAUGGCUACACCCUCAACGUUUGGCGAUGGUACUAUAGGUCUUUCGUACCGGAGGAAAAUCGAAUACGAAGACGUGAGAGAGCUUCCAAAGGCCCUUGCAGAAAAGCAAGCAAAAGCAAAUGCUUCGCGUACAAAGCGACCGAGGAUUACUGGUCAGAAUCAGGACAAACAGGGUGGUAGCUCAACAGCGCUUGUAAAAGCAACUCCAGCUGGAUCAUCUACCGAGAAUCAAAGCAAAAGCCUUAUUGCGCGCCCUUCGGCGACAGUGCAACAGAAGCCCGAAUGGCAUGCGCCAUGGAAGUUGAUGAGGGUGAUAUCUGGUCAUUUAGGUUGGGUACGCGCCUUGGCUGUUGAGCCUAACAACGAAUGGUUUGCUAGCGGUGCAGGCGACAGGACAAUUAAGAUUUGGAAUCUGGCAACAGGAUCACUCCGUCUUACGUUGACUGGUCAUAUAUCAACUGUUCGUGGUCUUGCGGUGUCCCCUCGCCAUCCAUACCUCUUCUCUUGCGGUGAAGACAAGAUGGUUAAAUGUUGGGAUCUUGAAGCGAACAAGGUUAUCCGACACUAUCAUGGGCACUUAAGCGGAGUCUACACGCUUGCUCUUCACCCAAAACUCGACGUGCUCGUCACAGGAGGUCGUGAUGGUGUCGCCAGAGUUUGGGACAUGCGAACGCGCAGUAACAUCCACGUCUUAAGUGGCCAUAAAGGCACGGUUUCCGAUGUCAAGUGCCAAGAAGCUGAUCCUCAGAUCAUCACUGGUUCUCUCGAUUCGACUGUUCGUCUCUGGGACUUGGCGGCAGGUAAGACUAUGGGAGUGUUGACGCAUCACAAAAAGGGUGUGCGAGCUCUCGCUGUGCACCCCAAGGAGUUCACAUUUGCAAGCGCUAGCACUGGCAGUAUCAAGCAAUGGAAAUGCCCCGAAGGCGCCUUCAUGCAAAACUUUGAAGGUCAAAAUUCCGUCAUCAACUCUAUUGCGGUAAACGAAGAUAAUGUUCUAUUCUCCGGUGGCGACAAUGGAUCCAUGUCUUUCUGGGAUUGGAAAACUGGCCACCGCUUUCAAUCACUCGACACUACCGCACAACCUGGUUCGUUGGAUGCCGAAGCUGGUAUCAUGUCGGCUACAUUCGAUCGUACUGGUCUACGACUGAUUGUCGGUGAAGCCGAUAAGACCAUCAAAAUCUGGAAACCUGAUGAUGAGGCUACCCCAGAGUCCCAUCCGUUGGACUGGAAACCAACUUUGGGUAGACAAAGGUUUUAG